UUUUAGUUACUUUGCGGAACAAAACCUAACUGGUUCGAAUAAUUUGCCUAACAAACUUAACUUUUUUACUCCAUCUUGCAAUUCAACGGUGAAAUCAUAAACAACUAUGGCUGAUGUUCAGGAUGAGGAGUUUAUACCUGAUUAUGAAGAACAAAGUGAUAACGAAGCUGCUGCUGAAGAUGGUGUUCAAGCAACUGAUAGUGUUAAAAAGGAAGUGAAAGGAACAUACGUAUCAAUACACAGUUCAGGAUUUAGAGACUUUUUGUUAAAGCCGGAGUUAUUAAGAGCGAUUGUUGAUUGUGGUUUUGAACAUCCAUCUGAAGUUCAGCAUGAAUGUAUUCCUCAAGCAAUUCUUGGAAUGGAUAUUGUAUGUCAAGCAAAAAGUGGAAUGGGGAAAACAGCUGUAUUUGUCCUGGCUACUCUCCAGCAACUUGAACCUGUUGAUAGCCAGGUUAGUGUUCUUGUCAUGUCACAUACCAGAGAACUGGCUUUUCAAGUUAGCAAAGAAUAUGAGCGAUUCUCAAAAUAUCUUCCAAACACUAAAGUAGCUGUAUUUUUUGGUGGUCUAAGUGUAAAAAAAGAUGAGCAAACAUUAAAAACAAACUGCCCGCAUAUUGUUGUUGGUACUCCUGGUCGUAUUUUAGCACUCGCAAGAGAUAAAGUUUUGAACCUAAAACAUGUUAAACACUUUAUUCUAGAUGAGUGUGAUAAAAUGCUUGAACAAUUAGAUAUGCGUCGUGAUGUGCAAGAAAUCUUCAGAAUGACACCACACGAAAAGCAAGUUAUGAUGUUCAGUGCAACACUUAAUAAAGAAAUGCGCUUGGUUUGCAAAAAGUUUAUGCAAGAUCCUAUGGAAGUUUAUGUUGAUGACGAGACAAAGUUGACUCUGCAUGGCUUAACUCAGCAUUACUGCAAGUUAAAAGAUAACGAGAAGAAUAGAAAAUUAUUUGAUUUACUUGAUGCUUUAGAAUUUAACCAGGUUAUAAUAUUUGUGAAAUCUGUUCAAAGAUGCAUUGCACUAUCAAACUUACUUGUUGAACAAAAUUUCCCUGCUAUUGCCAUUCAUCGAUCUAUGCCACAAGAAGAAAGAAUUUCUCGUUAUCGACAAUUCAAAGAUUUUCAAAAGCGUAUACUUGUUGCAACAAAUUUGUUUGGAAGAGGAAUGGAUAUUGAGCGAGUUAAUAUAGUUGUUAACUAUGAUAUGCCUGAAGACUCUGAUACAUACCUUCACAGAGUUGCUCGAGCUGGACGUUUUGGCACAAAAGGCUUAGCCAUUUCCUUUGUUUCUGAUGAAGAAGAUGCUAAAGUUCUGAACGGAGUCCAGGAUCGCUUUGAAGUUAAUGUCAGCGAACUCCCUGCAGAAAUAGAUGUCUCAACCUACAUUGAAGGCUAUGAAGCGCAACGUUAAAAAAGGUCUGAAAGCAUUGGUAAAACAAUUUAAGCUUGUUGAGUAAAAAUAAUACGAUUUUGCUGAAGCGACGAUUUUGAAUGCGGGUUUCGCCAGCUAAGAUAUUUUUUAAAAGAUGAUAAAAUAUUUUCGUAAUAUAAAAACGUAAACGCGGUUUUAAAAAAAAUGCUACUGUUGAAUAUUUAUACACAGAAUCUAUUAUACAUAAUACGUAGGAUAUCUUAAGCAAUUAAAAAUGACUCUUCACAAGAUUGACGCAAGAUCUUAGUUAUUUGCCAACCUUAUCGACGAUGCUUUCAGAUUAGUAAUGUUAUUUCUAAAGAAUGUGUGAAUAAAUCGAAUAAGCUCAUUUUCCUAUAGAAUGUGUAAGUUUUAAAGUAAAUAUAUAAUUGAUCGGUGGU